GUCUCUGCAUGGGUACGACUCCAGGGAUGACUAUAAAAUGUGUCAGCUCUCUAUCCAACCAGACGGCUCUGUGACCAACCAUUCUAUGGACUCUUAUGCUGCCAACACACCAAACAUCUGCUCUGACCACAGCCGGGCAGAUGAGAGGAGGCAGCAGCAGGGGACACAAGCAGGAGGAACAAGAUUUGAGAUCAAAGAAGAGCAGGGGCCUGGUACAAGUUCAGGUCCAGAGCAGGCUUGCAGGAGAGGGCCAGGGCCGAGGAGCGCCGGGGGUGCUGGCGGCAGUGAGCAGACGGCCCAGAAUGUGGGUGAUCUGGGAUAUAUCCAUGUGGUGGAGCAGGAGGGGUCAUUGCGCUCCUGGCAGCUACUCUCUUCGACACCCAAAACCAACGAGGCCACGUACUGCCACUGGUGGUCCGACUCAGGGUGGACUGGCAGGACAGAAAGUGGUGUUGAGGUCUCCUGGAACAGUGGGAAGGGACAGCAUAUCCCCAGGGAGGGCGGGAGAGACAGCAGGACCAUCCACCUCUCCAGGAGAUCCAGAUGCAGAUCGGCCCCACCACUGUCUAGAGUGUGGGAAGACCUUCCGCCUCAUCUCCAGCCUGAAGAAGCACAUCCGCAUCCACACAGGAGAGAAGCCCUAUCCGUGUGGGGUGUGUGGCCGCCGCUUCCGUGAGUCAGGGGCCCUGAAAACCCAUCUUCGCAUUCACACAGGCGAGAAGCCCUACUCCUGCUCUGAAUGUCCUAAAAUCUUCCGCCAUUUAGACGGCCUGCGCAAGCACCAGCGCACCCACACGGGUGACAAGCCCUAUGUGUGUGCCAUCUGUGGCAAGCGUCUGAGCCGACUGCAGCACCUGAAGCACCACCAGCGCAUCCAUACUGGAGAGAAGCCCUGCAUCUGCCCCUUCUGCAACCGCACCUUCAAGGAGCCAGCGGCGCUGCGCAAGCAUGUCCGCACUCACCGUGAGGAGUCUGGCAACAUGGAGGCAGGCCUGGGAGAUGAGCCGGACCCAGAAGCCCUGGACAACAUCAACAGCCUCCAUCCUGCUGCCCCCUCCCCUCAGAUGAGGUUUGAUGAGUGGGGAGCUGAAGGGGACGAUGUGGACUGUGUGUAGGAUGGCCACAUCCUUCUGCCUAGUGCAUUAGGAAUAUGACAGUAAAGAGUCUUCCUAUUCCAUUACUGUACUGUGUGAGGAAGUCUAAAAUUCCAUCCCUGAGAAACAGGCUGUCUACAUCCUUCGUAUUGUCACUUGACCAGGGCCUAUUCAUUUCAGAGACACUUCAUGUGCCUGUCUGACCCCCGGACAUAUACUUUAGUGCAUUAUAAUCUUAGAAAUGUGAAAGUAGUUUAUAGAAUAUGAAAUGUACCGAUGUCUCAUGUCCCCCUUCUCCCAUGCAACUCCACAAACCACCUGGUGUGUAUCAUCAUUGUCUGCUGGAGAUACUCAUCCUUUAAGGUGCUCGUCAUGUGUAUUUUCAUAUGGAAUGGAGUUAUAUGCAACCAUGUCCAAAGACCAUUUUAUAGAAUUGUAACAAUAGUUAGUUUGCUACUAUUAAUGCCACCGCCACGGUGACAUUAAACGGAGACUCAGCGAUGUGACGUUACCAUGAACAACAGUGCAAUAACUUCAGAAAGAGCGCCAUGCCUUGUUAGCAGUGGUGGGGGGAAAGUACCCAAUGGUAAACAUACCUUAACAAACCACAACUCAAGUGAAUGUCACCCAGUAAAAUACUGGAGUAAAAAAAGUAUUCGGUUUUAAAUAUACUUGAGUAUCAACAGUAAAUGUAAUUGCUCAAAUAUACUUACGUAUCAAUUGUAAAAGUAUAAAUUGUCAAAUUCCGUAUAUUAAGCAAACCAGAUGACACCAUUUUCAUGUUCUAUUAACUUAUGGAUUGCCAGGGGCACACUCCAACACUCAGACAUAAUUUACAAAUGAAUCAUUUGUGUUUAGUCCUCCAGGUCAGAGGC